AUGGACUGGUUCUCAUGGCUUUCAAAAACUGGCCUUGAGCCAUCCUUAGUGUAUGAGUAUGGCCUUACCUUGGCUCACAAUGAGCUUGAAGAAGAAGACAUGUUUUUCUUCAACCACGAGUUUCUCCAAAGCAUGGGAAUCUCCAUAGCAAAGCACAGACUAGAAAUUCUCAAGCUUGCAAGAAAGGAGAAGGGAAACAGCCCACGCUCGGUGACAAGGCUCAUGGUGGCAAUCAAGAGGACAAAGAGGAACCUAGCUAACUAUGUAAGAACAUUGAUUCACCGUGAAGAAUCAUCAGCGCUUGUUGUGUUGCCAUCAUCAAGGCCUAGUGGUUUAGGGACAAGGUGGAAGAGUGCUUUGAUGAAGAGGAGCAAAAAGUUGAUGGUGGCUAAACAAGAGAGACUCUAUCUCACAAAUGGAAGUCCUGCAAUAGUUCCUUCUCAGCCUGUGCUCGAUGGUUUUUUUAGCCCUGUGGUGUACCAUUUCCAAAAGGAGGAGAAGAUGGAUGGAGAUGAUGAUGAUGGGUAUUGGUCUGCUGCUGUUGAAGAGAUCAAGUGGGAUACCAUGUUCCAGGAUCUAAAGCCAAACUGA